CGCAAUUCGUCCGAUUUCUCUUCCCGUUGCUCUUCGUGCAGCCGCCGGGGGAGGCGCCGGAAGCGAAGUCGUAGAACCCUAGGCUCCUCGUUUAGCAUCUGGAUCGGAUGGAGUCUGUUCGUGUCGCCAUGGAGGUCGGCAGUGACGGGGUGGCAGUCAUCACCAUUUGCAAUCCUCCGGUCAAUGCUUUGUCCUCCAAGAUUGUUGCUGGGUUGAAGGAGAAGUACGCGGAAGCGAUGAGUAGAAGUGACGUCAAAGCCAUUGUGCUAACAGGCCAGGGUGGCAAGUUCUGUGGUGGCUUUGACAUCAAUGUAUUUUCAGAAAUUCAAAAAACAGGGGAUCCAUCACUUCUACCAGAUCUAUCUAUUGAACUUGUGGUCAAUACCAUUGAAGAUGCUCCCAAGCCUACAGUUGCAGCCAUCCAAGGGCUUGCAUUAGGUGGUGGUCUGGAGCUAGCUAUGGGUUGUCAUUCCCGAAUUUCUACUCCAGAAGCUCAAUUUGGAUUACCGGAAUUGUCUCUUGGUGUUAUUCCUGGGAUGGGAGGUACACAACGGUUUCCUAGGCUUGUAGGAUUACAAAAAGCUACUGAAAUGCUGCUUUUAUCAAAAACAAUCAUCGCAAAAGAAGCCAAAAGUUAUGGCCUUAUUGAUGAUAUUGCUUCUGCAAACAAUUUGCUCUACAAUUCACGACGUUGGGCUUUGGAAAUCAGUCAGCAAAAAAGACCAAGGAUCAGUUCACUUCAACGGACCGAUAGACUUGGUUCCCUUUCUGAAGUUCAUAAAAUUCUGGAGGCUGCUAGGAAACUGACAAAGAUGAUAGCUCCUAAUAUGCCACAACACAAAGCAUGCCUUGAUGCAAUUGAGGAGGGUGUAAACUUCGGAGGAUAUGCUGGUCUUCUGAAAGAAGCAAAGAUUUCUAAAGAAUUGAUCCUUUCAAGCACUACAAAAGGGUUAAUUCACAGCUUUUUCUCACAGCGUGCAGUUACAAAGGUACCUAAUAUCACCAAUAUCAACCUCCAACCUAGAAAAAUAAAAAAGGUUGCUGUAAUUGGCGGUGGUCUCAUGGGUUCUGGAAUAGCUACUUGCUUCAUCAUAAAUAACAUAUCUGUCACUUUGAAAGAACUUAAUUCUAGUUUUCUGCAGAAAGGAUUGAAAACUAUAGAAGGCAACCUUGAAGGUUUUGUGAAGAAAGGGUUGCUGACACAUGAAAAGAUGAAGUCUGCUUUGUCAAUUCUUAAGGGGGUGCUGGAUUACUCAGAGUUCAUCGAUGUUGAUAUGGUUAUUGAGUGUGUUGUCGAGGAUGUGUCUCUUAAACAGUCAAUAUUUGUUGAUAUUGAAAGGAUGUGCCCUCCACAUUGCAUUUUUGCAACCAACACAUCCACCAUUGAUCUCAACAUUAUUGGUCAGAAGACACAGUCUCAGGAUCGAAUUAUUGGGGCACACUUUUUCAGUCCUGCGCAUGUGAUGCCUCUGCUUGAAAUUGUUCGAACAGACAAGACAUCUCCACAAGUGAUCCUUGAUCUCAUUACUGUUGGAAAGGCCAUAAGAAAAGUUCCUAUAGUGGUCAAUAAUUGCACAGGCUUUGCAGUUAACAGAACUUUCUUCCCAUAUUCCCAAGGAGCACAAUUCUUAGUUAAUCUAGGUGUGGACUUGUUCAGAAUUGACAGAGUAUUAACCAGUUUUGGCAUGCCAAUGGGCCCUUUCCUACUUCAAGAUGUUGCUGGAUAUGGAGUGGCUUUGGCAGUGAAACAUAUAUUUGCUUCUGCCUUCAAGGGGCGAACAUUUGAGUCUGAAUUAUAUGAAUUGAUGGUAAAAAAUGGAAGACAUGGUAAGAGUAACGGUAAGGGAUUUUACAUGUAUGAGAAGGGACGAAAACCAGUGCCUGAUAACAGUGUGCAAACUAUCUUAGACGAAUGUAGAAGGCGAGCCAGCCUAAUGCCCAGUGGAAAGGUGAUUGAUAUCAGUGACCAAGAAGUCCUGGAAAUGAUUUUGUUUCCAGUAGUGAACGAGGCAUGCCGCGUGUUGGAUGAAGGGGUUGUGAUUCAAGCUUCUGAUCUUGAUAUUGCGUCUGUUCUCGGAAUGAGUUUCCCCAAGUACAGGGGCGGUAUUGUGUUUUGGGCUGACAGCGUCGGCUCUGGUAACAUAUACGCGAAACUGAACAAAUGGGCUGAUACAUACGGCGACUUUUUCCGACCAUCGGCGUACUUGGAAGAAAGGGCCAUCAAAGGCCUGCCUCUGAGCAUGCAGAAUGUGGCCGAAGCAGAGAAGUUGAGAUGCCGUAUUUGACAACUCCUAUAACAUCGUCUUCGUCACUAUUUUCAAGGUCAUUGAAUAAACCGGACAAUAAUGAUACUUCUUGAUCGUUACCAAAACUGGUACAUAUCAGACAAACAGUAGAUCAGAUUUAUGUGCCAAGGUGAUGCUUCCCUGAAGCACUGUCGGUUUGGAAAAUUUUGUGUACUUAGAAAAGGUUUAUAUUUUAUUAGGUGUUAUUUGUCA